AUGAUAUAUCGAAGGGAAUAUCAAAAGAAAAUUAAAGAACAAAAUCCUAACAUCCUUUUAUCGGAAUUGUCUCGUAUCUCUAAGUCAGCAGCUGAUAAAUGGGCUCAUGAACCUCAAAACAUCAAACAACUUUAUGCGGAAAAGGCACGAGCAGAAAAAGAACAACAUAUGAAAUUAUAUCCGAAUUACGUUUAUUGUCCGAGACGGCCGACGAAGACCAAACCAAGGAAGAAAUCAACGGAAGGUGUAAAUGGUGUAGUAAAUGGUGUAGUGAAUAAUGGAGAUGGUUCAUCAGAAAAAAUGUCGUAA